AUGGCCACUAUGGAUGAAAUAGAUCGCCGGUUUACGAGCGGCUUCAACGCUGCUGUUGAGCUCCGCGAACAGGACGAAUUCGAUCAAUGUAUCGAGGUCUUGCGCGAAUUACUCGCUGAUUGCGCUAUUCCUAGAUACCACCGUAUGAGGUGUCUCACAAUGCUUGCAUGCACUUUAGAAGACUGGCAUGAGGCAUACACCUGUUACGUCAAGGGUGAAACCAUAUGGCGUAUCACGAAGCAAUGGUAUCGUAACAGCACAAACCCGACCGUGAACAGGACGCUGGAUGAACUUCGUGAGACUUUAGAAGAAGACACACCAGUUCCGGAUGUUGAGGCCGAUGUGCUGUAUGCGAUAGCAGUAUACACUGCUGGGGUGGAGGAGACCCAUGAGACCGCGGAGGCAGAAGAAGAGACGUGGUUCGAAGACGAGAUGAGCGACGAGGACAUGGGCGGCGAAGAGGAAGUGAGCGACAGAGAAACGAAGGUCGAGGUCGAGCGUGAAUGGAACGACAAAGAGGAGAGCGAGGCGCAGAAGGCUGGGGAAGAGGAGACAGCGCUACAGGAUCAAAAGCCAAAGGGCGAGAUGCGAGCAAAAACUGAGAAUCAGCAUCAAAGCAACAACGUUCGCUACCACUCUAUCACUCUUUCCAUGAUGUACACAUCUGCACUCCUACUCGGCGCCCUCGCCGUCCUUCUCGACACAGCAUCCGCCCACGGCUUCGUCAAAGGUGUCAACGUAAAGGGCACCUUCACCAACGGCUCCGACCCCGUGUGGUACUACUUCUCGAAGGACAACCGCCCCCAAACCGCAGGCUGGGAUGCGUUGAACCAAGACAUCGGUUUCGUCGAGCCUGCAUCGGUCGGCACAGCGGACGUGAACUGCCACAAGAGUGCUACGGCGGGACGUCUCUACGCCAAUGUCAAUGCGGGAGACACUAUCGAGUUCGAGUGGAACACUUGGCCUGAUAGUCACAAGGGGCCGAUUAUCAACUACAUUGCGCCUUGCAACGGCGACUGUACCACUCUGACCCCCGGUUCUCUCCGCUGGUCCAAGAUCUCUCAAUCUGCUAUCGUCAGCCCAGGAACUUGGGUUACAGACACGCUCAUCAAGAACAAGUUCAAGGUCUCCACUGUCCUUCCUGCCAAACUUGCUCCUGGCAACUACGUCAUCCGUCAUGAGAUCAUUGCUCUUCACGGUGGGCAGAACGUGAAUGGCGCGCAGUUGUACCCCCAGUGCUUGAACCUCAAGGUCGGUGGUAGCGGCUCUGUUGCACCGACGGCUGGCGUUCCUGGUACCAGCUUGUACACAAAGGACAUGCCGGGUAUCGUGUUCAACAUCUACACCAAUCCUACGACUUACACGUUCCCUGGUCCGGCGCUGUGGACUGCUGCUAACUAG